CUUCCUCUUCUCAGAGGCCUUGGAGAGCAAGGUACCCUGUGUCUCUUCCGGAGUGAUAGGCGGGCGUGGUCGGCCUGCACCUUUUCUGUCCCUGGCUGGAGAGGGCCAGUCAAGCCCCUCAGGCCCUCAGCUGUCAUGGCCUUGAAACCUCAGGACCCCUGCGGUGGGUUCCAGCAUGGCGAGGUAGUGGCCUUCAUCAACGAGAAAAUGGCCAGGCACGCAAAAGGCCCUGCGUUCUACCUCGAGAAUAUAUCCCUGUCCUGGGAGGAGGUGGAAGACAAGCUCAGGGCCAUCUUGGAGGACGGUGCGGUGCCCAGCGAGGCCAAAGAGGCCUGCGCCUGGAGCAGUCUGGCCCUGGGCGUGCGCUUCGCCUGCAGGCAGGGCCAGUUACACGAGCGCAGGGUGCAGCGGCUGCAAGACUUGGCCAAAGUGCACAAGUCCACCACGGAGGACUUGGCCUCAGACCUGAAAAAGCUCACAGCUCAGCAGGAGAUGGAGCGCAGGGAGGCAGCCUUUCGGCUGCGGGAGACGCAGGCCAACCUGAUGGAGAUGCGGAAGGAAAGGGACCUCCUGAAGUGGAAGCUCCUCCGGGCUGAGCUGGGGUCUCCCCGGGAGCAGGUCGACGAGGAGCCAGGCCUGGCCGCUGCCAGUGGGGCUGGGACAGAAGGAGCAGGUGAGAAGGAAGAGGAGGUGAGCGUGGCUGCUGCUACUACUGCCACCGCCGCUGGCGCUGCAGGAGGAGGAGGAAGACAGAAGGAUGCGGAGGGGGAGGAGGCUGCAAAGGAGCUGGGUGGAGGCCUUGUGCAGCUUCUUGGAGCUGUGGAGCAGAAAAAUUACCCCUCUGGCGGGCAGAGGGAGGGAGGUCUCAGGUCUGCGGAAACAGCCAUGUUUUACUUCUCUGAGACCAUGGAGCCCGGGUCCACAGUCUCCCCAGCACCCCUUCCUGUGCAGCUCCCGGCCUCAUUCACAUACUCCUAUUCAUGCCCCUUACUCCCUUUUCCAGAGGCACCCACAGCAUCCCCACCAGCAGCAAUGUUCAGGGCAGGAGCUCCGUCUCAGUCGUCUCCUCACUGGGGGCCCUCUAAUGUUAGCUUAUGGCCUGAUGUGGGGGCCCAGGGAAUAGAUCCUGAAUCCCGGAGAGACAAGAGAGGCUUCGAUCCCCAUGGUCAGGGAAGACCUCCAGUAUUUCGCAGGCCCGGGGAUUGGGACUGCCCUUGGUGUAAGGCUGUGAAUUUUUCACGGAGGGAAAUUUGCUUCCGCUGUGGGAGGGGAAUCUGGCUACAAAACCCUUGAAUUCAAAAAUGUGAAACAGAACAGAAACAUCCCAAUGGGAAAUCAAUUUUCAGAGGGAGGGGAAGA